AUGUCUGGAUUAUUCGAGCGAUUCCGCGCCCGGAGUCCCACCGUAGUGCCAAUAAGCACUCCGCCUUCUCACGACUCUAUCACGGGGUCACAGGAUCCAUCAGAUACCAUUGAAAAGAUAGAAAGUAAGGAUGGUGCAACAUCAACUGCUCAUGAUUUCAAGGAACUGGAAGCAAAUCGAAAGUUAACAGCAUUUGAACAACUUCAUCGAUGGGAUCCAAAUUUGGGUCAAGAUCAAUUGGAGGAAAUCGAUGAUGCUCUUAAUAGACGGGAUGCAAAUGCUAAAGGGCGUAUUUAUGAUGAAGUGUUUGAGAACUCACCGUACCCCGAGGUUCGUGCAGCGGUCAGAAACUACGACGAAGAUCUCCCAUGUAAUACGAUUCGAGCAUGGGUAAUUGGACUCACUCUCAACACAAUCGCAUCCGGUUUAAACUCUCUCUUCUCACUUCGAGCUCCUUCUCUAACAAUCACAUCCAUUGUCGUCCAGAUGGUCGCAUACCCACUCGGAGUAGGCUGGACCAUGAUACUUCCCGAUCGAACCUACAAUACUUUUGGAGUGAAAUGGAACCUCAGUCCGGGGAAAUUCAAUAUGAAGGAACACGGUCUGAUAGUAAUCAUGGCCAAUGCAGCUUUCGGUCAAGGCGUAGCAUAUUUCACCGAUACACUGACUGCCCAACGAGGAUUCUACGGACAGAACUUCGGUUGGGGUUUCAACAUCUUAUUCGCGCUAACUACCCAGUGUAUUGGGUUUGGAAUGGCAGGCAUGAUGCGAAAGUUCCUCGUCGAGCCUGCUUCGAUGAUUUGGCCCCAAACUCUCGUUAAUACCUCAUUCAUUUACACGCUACAUGAUCACGGCAAAACUGAUCCUGCUAAGUCUAAUGGUUGGUCCAUAGCUAGAUAUAGAUUUUUCUUAUAUGUCUUCAUUGGAUCGUUUACUUGGUACUGGUUUCCGGGCUAUAUUGCAAAAUUCCUCAGUGUAUUUGCUUUUGUGACGUGGAUCCGUCCGAAAAAUGUUAUCCUUAAUCAGGUCUUUGGUGGAUGGACGGGCAUUUCUCUUAUUCCUAUUACUUUUGAUUGGACUCAAAUUACUGGAUAUAACCUACUGUCCCCACUCAUUCCACCCUGGUUUGCCAUUGCUAACACAGCCAUCGGUACCGUAUUUUGGUUCAUGAUCGUAACGGCUGGAGUUCAUUUCUCGGGUCAUUGGUAUGGUGAAUGGUUACCCAUUUCCGACUCAAAUAGUUAUGAUAAUACGGGGAAACAUUACAAUGUUAGCAAGAUUCUGACUCCGGAGUACACGCUUGAUGUUGAGAAGUAUAAGGAAUACUCACCAUUAUUUCUUUCGACCACCUUCAGUCUGACUUAUGGUCUUUCUUUCGCUGCUAUCACUGCGGUGAUAUUCCAUACUAUCUUAUUCCAUGGUCAAGAAAUCUGGAUACUAUCCCGCGCCAUCCGCGGAAGUCUAGACGACAACCACACUAAAAUGAUGCGAAAGUACAAGCCCGUCCCCAGCUGGUGGUACAUCACCUUCUUUCUCAUAAUGAUGGGCAUGGCCCUCGCAGCCGUCUGCGCAUACCCCACUCAUCUAACAUGGUGGGCACUAAUCAUCGCGCUCCUAAUCUCCCUUUUCUGGACCAUCCCCAUCGGUAUCAUUUACGCAACCACCAACAUCCAUCUCGGUCUCAACGUAUUCACCGAAUAUAUACUAGGGUAUAUGCUCCCCGGUCGUCCCAUUGCUCUCAUGUUGUUUAAAACAUAUGGAUAUAUUACUAUGAACCAAGCACAUGCCUUUCUAUCUGAUUUGAAACUCGCUCAUUACCUUAAGAUCCCACAAAGACCAGUAUUCUGGGGUCAAUUGAUAGCAACUAUUUGGAGUUGUUUCGUACAAUUGGCUGUUUUGGAGUGGGCAUUGGGUAAUAUCGAAGGCAUAUGCACUAGCGACCAGAAAACCAAUUUCACCUGUCCCGGCCCUCGAGUUUUCUUCAACGCCAGCGUUAUCUUCGGAUUAAUUGGCCCUCAACGUAUCUUUAGCACCGGAGCCAUCUACGGCUCUCUCCAAUAUUUUUGGCUGGCGGGUGCAGUCCUUCCAUUCCUUAUAUAUUUCCUCGCGCGAGCAUUCCCCAAAUCCAAGAUCCGCUACUUCAGCGCUCCGAUAUUCUUUGGUGGUAUGGGCGAACUACCUCCUGCUACGCCGCUGAAUUAUCUCAGUUGGUGUUUGUAUGGAUUCAUUUUUCAGAAGGUUAUUAAGAAUCGAUGGAGAGGAUGGUGGAUGCGGUUUAAUUAUAUUACGAGUGCGGGGUUAGAUGCGGGGUUGGCAAUUUCUACGAUUGUUAUUAUUGCAGCGUUGAAUUUGACGGGGACGGGAUUUCCGGAUUGGUGGGGUAAUAGGACGCCGGGGAGUACGACAGAUUAUUUGGAGACGGCGGUGCAGAGGACGGUGGCUAUUGGAGAGACUUUUGGACCACCGAAGGGAACUUGGGGAUAG